AUGGAGCUUAUUACAAAAGUGUACUCUCGUUCUCAAACCUACCAGAAAAGAAAAAAAGGAUUGAAGAAGAAAGCACUAGAAUUCUCCACUCUGUGCGGCGUGGACACGUGCAUGAUCCUCUAUGGCCCUAAUCACAAAGGCCAAACCCGUAAGGCUGAGGUCUGGCCUGACUCGCCUUCCGAAGUUUUCCGAAUCAUUGGCAAGUACAAGGCCAAGGCUUUCGAUUCUCAUGCAGUAAGAUCCUUUGACUUGUUCGAUUUCUUCUCGAGACGUAACAAGAAGAUUCAAGAUGAUAUUUUGAAGCUGCGCAAAACCAACAUCACAGCCAAGUUUCCCACUUGGAAUAAUUCUCUCAACAAUCUUUCUCUUGAUCAAAUCAAAGCACUUCUGAUUAAGUUUGAUGCUGUUCUUGAAGUUGUGAAGAUGAAGGUUAUGAUGAUCAAGGAAGAUAAGCGUUUGAUAGAUGAGUCCAGCAUUAUUCCAUGCAUAAAUCCUAUAAAUAAUUUUAGAAAAGAUUCCUCUCUCCAGAAGGAGAUGAAACCUGAAGCUGUUAGCACCUAUUUGAAGCCAUAUGGAGCCAUGCAAAUAAUGCCUCAGUUUUCCCCCGCUGAUCAGACAACUCUUUAUAAUCAGAUAGCAGUUCAACAAGUCGAUCAUCAUGUAAACUCUCUUGAUCAUUAUAAUCAGAUGAUUAUGAUGAUGAUGGUGAUGAAUGAAUUUGAUAUUAAAAUCAGAGACAAGCAAGGAGCAAAGGACUUUUUCGCAGAUCACUUAUCGCGAUUGGAGCAGACGAAAGCCAAGGAGAAUAAGGUGGACAUCAAUGAGUCAUUCCCUGAUGAGCAACUUUUUACAAUGAUGGUAGCUCAAGCACUAUGA